AUGGGUUUGGCCGUGCCCGAGCGGUGCCGCUUCCUCAGAUCCUCCUGCUCACGCCUGCAGGCGAUGCUGUUUCGCCUCGUGGUGGGAAGCUGCAGCUGGCCAUUCAGCGGUGGGAGAGCAUCCUGCUUCAUCCCUUUCUCAUGGUUCCUGGUGCCGGAGUCGAUCCACUGGCUGGUGUCGAUGCGGCGGCAUGGCGAGGCUGAGAAGCUCAUUCGUCUGGGCUGCCGACUCAACGGCAUCAUCCUGCCCAGCGACUUCCAGCUGGACAAGCCGGGCCGCGACGACGAAGAGGGCAGCGACGACGAGGCCACAGGCAACGGUUACCAUGGCAACCAACCUCGCAAGUCGGCGGUGGAGCGGCUGAGAUCAACGCAGCUAAAUUUGAAGAACCGGCCGGGCACGGGAGAGUACUUGCAGCACGAGUUCCACGCACACAUUGGGGAAUGGCGCAAGAUCCUUGACCUGAUGAAGAACCACCAGCUGCGCCGACACUUCUUCAUCGUCUCCUACAUGUGGGCGAUCGUGGGCUUCCUGUACUACGGCUUAACGGCCAGCACCAUGGUGAUGAAGGGCAACGUGUACCUCAACUACUGCCUGUCCGGUCUGGUGAUGAUUCCGGCUUCCGUCUCCAUCUUCAUCCUCAGACGAUUCGGCAGAAAGAAGCCCAUCUUUUACUUUCUGAUUGGAGCUGGGAUAUUCAUCAUUCUCUCCGUCACCUGUCCGUAUAAGACCCCUGACGGCGUGGACAUGUACCCGGUGUACUUGGCCAUCAAGCUGAUGGCCAAGUACUGCGUGGUGUCGUGCCUGAUCUCGAUCCGCCUGCUCAUCAUCGAGCUGUUCCCCACGCCCGUGCGAGGCACACUGAUCGGCCUGACCGCCUUCAUCGGUCUGCUCGGGUCCGCCUUCGGCUACUACUUCCUCGAGCUGAUCACCUUCAGCAAGUGGGUGGGAGUGGUGGUGGGGGCGCUGACCCUGCUGGCGGCCGCGCUCUCGCGCCUUCUGCCCGAGACCUCGCACCGCCCGCUCCCCGACACCAUCAACGACAUGAUGGCCGCCUGCCGGGAGAUGUUCCUCAACCUGCUGGUGGCGAUGCCGAACAUGCCGCGGCCCGAGGAGCCGGCGCCGACGCCGCAACCGCGACCCAAGCGCAACAUGUCGGCGCUGUCGGCCUUCUCGGCCGUGCUCAGCUGGCGCUCGCGGUCCAAGUCGUCCAACAGCUGCGAGGUCCCGGCGCGCUCCAUGUCCGACGAGGACUUCAAACGGGCGCCGCACGCGCCGCUCAGCAGUAUGACGUCGGCGCCGCUGCCGCAUGACGUCGCUGACGACGCGCCUCGGAGCCACCGCGGCCCGUCGCUGCGCGAGAAGCUGGCGCGCGCGCUCUCGCAGCGCCGCCACGAGGCGAAGCUGGACCGGGGGAUCGACAACCCGGAGUUCGAGGCGGACGCGGCGCCGGCGCGCGUCUCGUUCGACCUGGUGCGCGCCGACUCGCAGGGCGUGAGCGUCAACGGCCUCGAGCCGCCGGAGCGUCCCGGCGCCGACGCCGAUGCAGAGAUUCUGUAG